AUGGGAGGGAUGGGCAAGACCACCCUUGCUCAGUUUGUAUACAACGACAAUAGGGUGAAGAAGCACUUUAAUAACCUUGGUGCAUGGGUUUGUGUUUCUGAAGAAUUUGACGUGUUCAAGAUAACGAAAACAAUUCUGGAGGCAGUAACUUCGUCAACUUGUGAUAUUAAGGAUCUAAAUCAACUUCAACUUAGACUAAGGGAGUGUUUAACAGGAAAAAAGUUUCUACUUGUUUUAGAUGAUGUUUGGAAUGAAACUUAUGUUCAAUGGGAGGCAUUGUGUAAACCCGUCAAAUAUGGGGCACAAGGAAGUAAGGUCCUUGUAACAACACGUAAUAAUAGUGUUGUAUCAGUUGCUAGAGCUCUGCCUCAUCGUCUAAUGGAGUUACCUGAAAAAGAUUGCUGGUCACUAUUUGCAAAACAUGCAUUCCAUGAUGGUAACUCUAAUGCACAUGGUGAGUUAGAAGUUAUAGGUAGAAAAAUAAUUGAAAAGUGCAGAGGCCUUCCAUUAGCAGUCAAGACAAUUGGUGCUUUAUUAGGAUCUAAACCAGAUGAUGAAUGGGAUAAGAUAUUGAAGAGUGAAUUAUGGGAUUUGCCAAUUGAUGAGAUGGGUAUUCUUCCGGCUCUAAAGUUAAGUUACAAAUAUCUCUCUUCCCCUCUAAAGCAAUGCUUUGCUCAUUGUUCAAUAUUCCCAAAGGAUUAUGCUUUCAAAAAAGAUCAAUUAAUCUUGUUAUGGAUGGCAGAAGGUUUCCUACAACAACCCAAAAACAGAACAAUGGAAGAAGUUGGUAAAGAGUAUUUCCUCACUCUAGAAUCAAGAUCAUUAUUCCAAAAAUCAAGUGAUGAUAAGUCAUGUUUUGUAAUGCAUGAUCUUGUGAGUGAUUUAGCAAAAUCUAUAUCUGGACAAUUUAUUUCAAGGUUGGAGGAUGGUUGUUCUCACGAGAUAGUAAACAAUACUCGCCACUUGUCCUAUUUUUUCAAACAAAGAUUUCAUAGCAUAAAGAAGUUUGAGACCAUUCACAAAGCUAAGAGGUUGCGCACUUUCUUACAUUUAGAUAUGUAUGGUUGGUCCUACUAUUACUUGAGUAAAAAUGUAAUACAUGAUUUACUGCCAACACUAAGAUGCUUACGACUGCUUUCUCUGUCCCACUAUAAGAACAUUAUUGAAUUGCCAGAUUCAAUUGGCAAACUUAAACACCUACGUUACUUGGACUUUUCUUACACUAAAGUUCAAAAACUGCCCGAUUCUAUAUGUCAAUUAUGCAAUUUGCAGACAUUGAGAUUGUCACAUUGUGAAAAGCUUGUUGUAUUGCCGAGAGAUAUGUGGAAACUCAUUAAUUUACGUCAUCUUGAUAUUACUGAAACUCACAUAAAAGAGAUGCCGAAACAUUUGGGUAGAUUAAAAUGCCUCCAAACGUUGACGAAAUUUAUCGUUGGCAAAGAUAGUGGGACUUGCAUUGGAGAGUUGGGAAAUUUUAGAAAUCUUCAGGGAUCGCUUUCUAUAUUGGAGCUCCAAAAUGUUGAAUCUCCUAGUGAUGCUCGGAAUGCAAGCUUGAGGGAUAAAAAGCACCUCGAAGAAUUGAUAUUGAAAUGGAAUGUUGAUACUAAUUUUUCAGAAAGUCAGAGAAGUGUACUUGAUUGUCUCCAUCCCUCUACAAGCUUGAAAAGCCUCACUAUUAAAAACUACAGUGGUAAACGUUUUUCAGAUUGGGUAGGGCAUCCUUCAUUCUCUAAUGUAGCAUCUCUUGAGCUACUAAGUUGUAGGUAUUGCAGCAGUUUGCCACCCCUUGGGCAGCUACAAUCUCUGCAGAACCUCCAUAUUGCUGGUUUUGAUGAAGUUGUUACAGUGGGUAGUGAGUUUUUUGGUAGCGGUUCUUCUUCAUCUAAGCCAUUUGGUGCCCUCAAAGUUCUUAAGUUUGAGAAUAUGAAGAAGUGGGAGGAAUGGAAUUAUUUUGGUGACGAAAAUGAGGGUGUAGGUUUUCCUCAACUUGAAGUGCUUUAUAUUAUCAACUUCCUUAAACUCACAGGAGGGUUGCCAGUCCAUCUUCCUUCUUUAGCAAUACUUGAUAUUAGUAAUAAUUGUGAGCAACUGGUGGCUCCACUCCCAAGGACUCCUGCUAUACGUAAUUUGAGGCUGAUCGGUUGUAAUGGGGUUUUGUUAAAUGAAUGGCCACCUGGAAUGCAGAAGCUCGAAAUUGGAAGAUUUGAUGCACUAGAGUUCCUACCCAAGGGAAUGAUAGACUCCAACGGCGGUCUUCAAGAGUUGGUGAUCCGUAGCUGUUCCUCACUUGUGUCCCUUACUAAGGAUGGUCUUCCCUCUACAUUAAAAACCCUUGAGAUUAAUAGUUGUAUGAAGUUAGAGCUCUCAACAAACCUGGACUAUUCAUCCCUUGGAAAACUCUCGUUGGUGAAUUGUGGUUCUGUGAAGUCCUUUUCAUUAGAUUUAUUCCCAAAUCUUUAUCACAUCCAAAUCUCGCAGUGUAGCAAUUUGGAAUCUCUUACGGUUCCAGAAAAUUAUGAACAUGAUUUAGUCGCCUUGGAGAUUCAUAUCAGUUAUUGCCAUAAUUUUGUUUCUUUUCCAAAAGGAGGAUUGCGUGCCCCCAAACUCACAACGUUUAGGGUCGCUGGUUGUCGCAGUUUGAGAUCACUUCCUGACAAAAUGCACAUACUCCUUCCGUCUCUUGAGGGUUUGUAUAUAUGGCAUUGUCCAAAAGUUGAGUCGUUUCCUGAAGGGGGGUUGCCUUCCAAUUUGAAAUCAAUUUCGAUCGAACGUUGUAAGAAACUCAUUGCAAGUCGGAUGCGAUGGGGUUUGCAGAACCUCUCUUUUCUUAGAUCUUUGUCAAUCGGUGGCAAUUCUGAAGAUGUGGAGUCCUUCCCAGAGGAGCAGUUGCUGCCCACCACUCAAGUAUAUGCCGGAACAGGGGCUGCCUCCCUCCCUUUCUCUAUCAAUCCACCAAUGUCCUUUGUUGGAGAAAAAGUUGCAAAGGAAAAAAGGAAAAGAAUGGCGCAAGAUUGCUCAUGUCGAACACAAAGAGAUUGA